AUGGCACUGUAUCCUGACACAUUUAAAGAAUUAUUUGUAGCAGGAGAGAAGGAGUUGGCUGCUGAUGACAUUUUUACACUCUACGGUUCUGAGACUGAUUUAAAAGAGAUAAUUUCAGACACUAUUACAAGUUUGAAGUGGCAAACAGUGUUUGGAAAGGUGAAAGAAAAAGAUACCUCUCCUGAUUCUAGUUUCAUUGAGUCUCUUGCAAAUGAGUACAAAGGAUGCRAGGAUAAGGUGCUGGUGGAGGAMAUUAAAGCAAAUGCUUCAAAGCAAAGACAGAAAAUACUAAUUGGAAACACAAAGAAUGSUAGUAGGAUUGCCUAUGAAGGAGUGACACCUCAAGAAAUAUCCUCUCGGAUUGAGGCUGCAAAAGCAGUGGGGAGAGUUAGRCAUUAUAGUGAUGAAAAGMGUCGCUUGCUCUCCAUUGUUGCUCUUCAMUACUCUUACAGACAGCUUCAAGGGUGGUUUGGGUGCUCUCCAAAUGCUGUUGCUGCAGCAAGAGUUCMUUGUUUGUUAUUUGGACGUGGUGGAACUCCCCCAACAACACUUAAAUUCUCAAGACAGAGAGUUARCCCUCAACUUAUUGAAGAGUUUACCGAGUUUCUUCAUAGGGAUGGCAUUUCAAGAGCUUCAUCCUGCCGAAGUGUGCUUGUGAAUGGAACUGAAACACCCAUCAGAUAUUGGCAGGAUUCCAUCAAAAAUGUUGUACAAYAGUAUUGUCUUGAGUUUCCUGAUGGAGUCAAGAGAACCUACAUUUAUUCUCACCUUCCAGAGAAUUUUCGGUCAAAUUCAAUGCUUGCAGGCCUUUGCAAUCUCUGUGAUGAAUUUGGUCACACAAAUUUUGACAACCUGUGUUCUCUAUCAGAAGAGAUUAGCAAUGCUACAGCACAUGAUGUCAACUACAGCUCAYUUACAAAGGAGAUACGGAAUUACCAAACUUUCCUAAAGACUCGAUAUGCCAAAAUGACUGCAAGGCAUUCACCUUGCRCUGAAUUCUGUAUGGRAUAUGCUGUGGGUACAUGCAGGGAGAACCAUUUAUCUGUUUGUCCAGAAAUCAAUGCRUUUUACAGUGCUAUUUCCACCCUUUCUAAUGCCUUGGAACAACCAACAGGCACAACAGACAUCACAAAACUUAAGCAACGCCUACAAGAGUCUGUGAAAGCACACCAAAGUUAUGUCAGUCAUCUUUUAAGAACAAAACAUCAAAGUGACUAUUAUCAAUAUGUUUUAAAGAAUCUGAAGCCAGGGCAAUGUGUUGUUGUGGUUGACGAUAAGAUGAAACUGGAAUUAGGAAAAAGGAUGAGGGAAAUACAACGAGAUUGGUACGGUAAAAGAGGCAUAUCCAUUUUUGGUUUCUAUGUAAUUGCAAAGAUAUUUGAUACACAGCGCAAAGCAGAAAUCAUUGACCUCUGGAGUGAUGAUACAAAGCAGGACACAUGGUUCAGUCAGAGUGCCAUGGAUGUAGGAUUUGCCUGGAUGGAGAAAGCAUUCCCUGGAUUUGAGGUUUACYUAUUUUCUGGUAGGUAA